ACCUUGGGAGACAGGUAUUCAGAUCAGAGAGGAGGACGUGCUACAGCCUCGCCAAGGCCCGUCAAGGCCUCGUCGUCGUUCGUGUCGUUAGGCUACCCUCUUGGCGUACGACUCCUGAAGCACUUUGAUGCCUUUGCAAAGUCCAGUACUUCUCAUCAUACCGGUUUUCCAGGCGGGGUAUACUUGCCUCAAUUUACCUCUCUUACUACCUAGAAGAACCGACAAACGGUUGAGCCCAUGCCCAGCGUUUCUCUGUAGACCUUGCCAGGGUAAUUUGAAUAGUGGGCAGUCAAGACACACUACUUUAUUUCCUGUAUCCUGAUAACUACAGUCAACACCUGGAGCCGUUCAACUACCAUGAGCUUAUUCC